AUGAUCGAUAUGCCCUAUGGCCUGACGAACCCGGAAGCUGCUGAGAAGAACGACCUGGGAGCGGCUGGGGCCACCUUGGCGAUGGUGGGUGGAAAGACGCAGAUGAAGGCCAAGUUACCGGUCACCGUGUGGGGCCAGGCUGUGCAUGGCAUGUCCGGGACUUGGGCCUUCGACAGUGGUGGCUUGCAUUCCACCGACUAUGUCUACAAGGUCGAACAGCAAAAUGGUGCACCAGAUGACUACUACAUUUGUGAUAGUCGGCGCCGGCCGCAGCAUUGCGCUUUGCUUGGAGGGAACCUCAAGCAAGCAU